AGCAUUUUAUACAGUUAUAUAUAAGUAUAUAAAAAGAGAGAGAUAGAGAGCGAAAUGAAAUGGAAAUUCUAUUAAAGGAAAAAUGUUGCCUUUGACUGCGGAUUGCGGGCAGCCAAAAGCCAAGCGAGCAACAGCCACGUCAUCAUAGCUCACACACACACACACACACAUAGACAGAGAGACAGACAGACAUACAUGGCACUAUUACACUAGCACACAAAUAUAUAUACAGUUAUAUAUACAUACAUAUAUAUAAAGACAAACGGAAUCAGGCCACAAAAGCGAGCAAGUCGAGCGCUUUGCUUUGCCUCGCGCUGAGACGUCCUGGCCUGGCUAAGGGACCCGAAGGACAACAGAAGCGUGGCAAGGACACACACACCCACACCACACCAGUGGGCGUAGCAGGCGUGACUAUCUAGCAUAUAUAUAUAUAUAUAUGUAUACACACAUAUAUAUAUUGCACAUCAAUCAAGUCGCAGAGUCCGAGGCAACUCACACGAUGUCGACGCAUAACUAGAGCCUUGUAAACAAACAGGCAAACGGAAGCAACAUAAAGGAUACACUCAGGACACUGGACACUGGACACUUGUCAUACACACACACACACACAUACGCACAGACAGUGGAUAGACAAUGGCGCGACGCAAGGGCAGCGGACGUGGCAAAUCCACUGUUAAUUCGCGUAAAAAUGCUUUGGAGUCAACGCGCGAGAAAUUGAAAGAUGAGCCAACGGCAGCAAACACAUCGCAGGCGAGCAAAUUCGAUGAGACUAUGGAAAGUGCAGCAACAACAACGGCAACAGCAACAAACACAGCGAAACAACAUUACAAAACAGCAAACAAACAAUACAAAACUAACAACAACAACAGCAACAGCAUUAAUAAUAGCAACAACAACAAAGUGAGCAACACGCGACGUGCAACAGCAGCAGCAGCAGCAGCAGCCGCCGCCGCAGCACAGGCAACAACAACCACAACAACAUCAGCAGGAACGGCAACAACUAAGAAGCAAACAUAUCGCAGCAGCAAUUCAACUGCUGCAACAACAGCAACAACAACACUGAAAACAAACAGCAAAGUCAAGGCAACAACAGCAACAAGUGAAGCAAACGAAGCAACUGAAGCAACCGAAGCAACAGCAAUUGACAACAACAAAAGCAAACGAGAUAAUUUAAGCGAAUUGCCAGCUAAAAUUGCUGACAGCAACAGCAGCAGCAGCAACACAAGUAACAACAACAACAACAACAACAGUGAUAAUAGUAUUAGUGAAAAUAAUUAUGAGUUUAAGGCUAGAGAUAAAGCGAACGUAAGUGAUAGCAAAAUGACGCUACAGCACAGCAGCAACACCAGCAGCACCAACACCACCACCACCACAAACAACAACAACAACAACAUUAGUAUCAGCAGCAGUGGCAGCAACAGCAACACAAGCAACAAUGAUGCCGCCGCAGCAACAGCAACAGCAAUUGCUGACUGGAAAAGCAGCUCGAACAAUUUGCGCUAUUUGCACAAGAAGUUCAAACGUUUGGCCAGCACCACAGAAACGGAGGCACCAGACGAGCCAACACUGCGCACCACGUCGCUGUCGUCGAACAGCUCAGUGUCGCCGCCAACGCAAUUGCCGCUGGUCAAUGGGCACGAGCACAGCAACAGCAACAGUGGCAGCAACUGCAACAGCAACAGCCAUGAGACCGAGAGCUAUAGCAAAAAUGCUGCUGUUGCUGUUGCUGGCGUGCCACGCACGCGUACGCCUUUGAGCAACAGCAGCAACAUCAACAUCAACAUUAGCAGCAGCAGCAGCAGCAGCAGCAACUAUGCCAGCAAUGCAACAUUGUCGCCAGCAACAUUUGCACAGCAUCAGCAGCAGACGCAGCCAACGACAACAGCAGCAACAGUCCCACCAGCAGCAACAGCCAAGCCAGCAGCAACUGGCCUUAGUCGCUACAUCUGCCCCUAUUGCAAUCUGAUUUGUGCCAAGCCCUCGGUCCUGCAGAAGCACAUCCGUGCCCACACGAACGAACGGCCCUACCCCUGCGAGACAUGCGGCAUCGCCUUCAAGACGAAAAGCAACUUCUACAAGCAUUGCCGCUCCCGCUCGCACGCGGCGCGCAUGCGCGGCCUGGACGUGCCGGCCCACGAGGCGGAUGGACUGUCCGACCAGGAUGGCGACGGAGAUCUCAGCAACAGCAGCUCGGAGCUGUUGAGUGUGGAAAUUCUAAGUAGCGCCGAUUCGCCAUAUGAUGAGCAGUCGAUGGCCUCGCCGACGCCCUCGCCCUCUACGCUGUCGGCGGCGAAGAGCGCGUACCUGCAACAGCCCCCACUGCCGCAGCACAUGCAACAGUUGCCGCUGGGCUCGCCAGCUGCUGGCACCUUGCCGCCGGCAACAGUCGAGAAUUUGCACUCGGCGACAGCGCAGCAUCGACAGUCGAUAGACUACAAGCCAUACAAGCCAAAAUUUCACAAUGCAGCGCUCUAUGCGCCAGGCAGCAGCAAGGAGCAACAGCAGCAGCAACAACAGCAGCAACAACAGCAACAGCAACAGCAGCAACAACAGCCACAACAAUUGCUGCCACAGCAACAGCAACAGAAGCUGCCGCAACCUCUGCUCGUGCAUCCCACGCUCUCGCCCAGCACGCAGCUGAAGCUGAAUCUUCACAUCAACUCGCAUCAGCAGCAGCUGCAGCUGCAACAGCAUCAGCAGCUCCAGCAGCAGCAGCAACAGUUGCAGCAGCAGUCAUUGCUGCUGGCAGCAGCUGCUGCUGCGGGCAAUGCUGUCGCUCUGCCGCCACCUCCACUGCCCACUUACUACUUGGGGCAGGCGCCAUAUUACAACCCCACGGCCGCAAUGCAUCAGCAUGCGUUGGCGCUGCAGCAGUUGCAGUAUCAGCAACAUUAUCAGUUGCAACAGCAGCAGCAGCAACAUCUACAGCAGCAGCAACAGCAACACUCGCCACUGCUCAAGGCGCCAGCACAGCCGCAACAGCAACAGUUGCUGCCACAGCAACAACAGCAGCAGCCGCAGCAACAGUUGCUGCCUCAGCCACAGCAGCAGCAGCAGCAGCUGCCUCGCUCUAAUAGUCAACAGGCGACAGCAACAGCAGCAGCACCUGCCACGCCCACACCUGUAGGCAAUUUGAGCAGCUUUGCCAGUGGCAUGCAAGUGAAUGUGGAAAAGGUGCAGGAACACAUUUCGAAAUUGAUCUCACAGAACGAAGCCAUUGUGGAGAAUAAGGAAAUAUUGCUGCAGAAGAAAUAUCCCAAGCAACUGAAUCGUUCGCGCAGCUUCAACAAUGCCAACAACAACAGUAGCAGCAACAACAGUAGCAGUAACAACAGCAGCAGCAACAACAACAGCAGCAGCCAGCAGUUGGGCGAUGCAAAAGUAAAUCUAGCACAGAGCAUAGUACAAAAGCAACAGCAGCAACAGCAACAACAGGUGCAAUUGCAGCAGCAACAACUACAACAACAACAACAACAACAACAGCAACUCAUUCAACAAUAUCGAGUCAUUGAGCCAGUAAAUGGACUGCUCAAACGCAACAACAACAGCAGCAGCAGCAGUGGCAACAGCAACAAUGCUUAUGCUAACCUAAAAGCGACGCCUCCUCCUGCUGCCUUAAAUGUCAAAUUGCCACCGCCGCCGCCAGCAACAAUGCUGCAAUUGCUGCAUUAUCGCCAGGAUCCAGCAAUGCCUUUAAACAAGCUCGAGCAGCAGCAGCAGCAACAAGCGACGCCCGCACAGCAGCCUUUGAAUCUGUCCGCCAAACCAAAGCCAGCAAAGGCAGCGACAACAGUAGCAUCACCAGCAACAGUAGCAGCAGCAGCAGCACCAACAGCAGUAGCAACAGCAGCAGCCGCACCAGCAACAGCAGCAACGCCAACAGUUGCUGCUAAGCCAGCAGCAGUUGCGACUGCCGCUGCGAACAAUUCGAUUAUCAAGAAUUUGUUGCUUAACGCGCGCGGACUAGCCGUGCCCAUUGGCGAGGGCGACGACGCCGUCUACUCCUGCCCCAUCUGCGCCAACGAGUUCCGCAGCGCCGACGAGCUGAAGCAGCACAACAGCACCUACUGCCAGGACGCCAGCAGCAGUGCGCCCAUCAGCCCCGCCUCCUCGCCCAGCAGCAAGUACUUUCGCUCCAACUCGAUCUCCUUCAGUCUGCCGGAGCUCAAGUCGCACAUGGCCAACUCGAAGAAUCCGCUGUCCUUGGCCAAGCUGGCCUGGUCGCAGCUCAAGACGAAGCCGAGCAGCCUGGUGCUGAGUCGGCUGAGUGCGGCGCAGUCGCCGGCGCGGACCACAACUGUUGCAGGCAGCAGUGCUAGCAGCAGCAAUCCCACAGCAACAGUCGCUAGCACAACUGUUGCCGUUAGCAUCGACGCCAACAAUGUUGCUCUGCGCUUCGUGGACGCUCCCUUGCCCUCGCCCGGCCCGCUCCUGGGCAAAACCCCGCUCGUUGACUACGCCGCGCCCCGCAAGGCCGCCGACGCCCAAGUCGUGAUCACCAAAAUGCACGAGGAUCGGCUCGAGAACAUCAUCAGCGAGAGCUCGGCGAAGCGGCCGAAGCUGAGCAACGACAGCGCCUUUGCCCUGCCGCCGGCAACAGCAACAGCAACAGCAACGGGCGUGCAACAGCAACAGUUGAUGUUCGGCAACAGCCAGGAGCUGACUGGAUUCAACACGGGCAAGGAGGAGCGUUUGAGACGCUUCACCUCGUCGGGCGGCUCGAUGAUCCCCAUCUCCGAGUGCCCCGAGCUGGACAAGAGCCCCAAGAUGAUCCGCACUCCGCUGCUGUCGGGCGGCAGCUUUCAGGAAAUGUCGCCCCGGUUGAGUGAGCCCAAGCCGAAGCCCGCAUUUCUGCUCAAUGCCAGCAACAACAACAACAACAACAUCAGCAGCAGCAACAGCAGCAGCAACAACAACUCACAGCAUUUCCAGUUCCCGCCCAUCAACUCGAUAACCGCCUUCAAUCCGCUCACGCUGCCCGCGAUGAGCGAGUCGAGCGGCAAAGCGAUUCCCUACGUGCCGGGCAUUCCGGGCCCGAGCAGCCUCACAUUGCUGCCAGCACCGCCGCAACAGUUGCUGCUGCAGCGUCCGCCUGCCAUCGAUGCGCCGCCCUUCAAGAAGUCGCUGUCGCCCUUCGGGGGCGUCCAGAAUCUGCCCAGCGAGUUCAGCCGACAGCCGCCGACGCCCGCGCAGCGCAAUGCGCUGCAGUGGCAGAGCAACAGCAGCAACAGCGGCAGCAAGCUGGCAGCAACUGUUGCUGCUGCUGGCGACGGUCUCAGUGUGCAAAAGUUCAAUUUCCUGCGCAUGGCUGACAAUGUGAAGGAGCAGCAGCCGCAGCAGGAGGUGCGACACUUUAUAUUCGAUCCGCUGCACGUGGAAACACCGGAAAACGAAGCCGCAGCAGCAACAUCAGCUGUGGCAGCAACAACAUCAGCUGGAGCAGCAACAACUGUUGCCAGUAAGACGAAAUUCCUGCGUCCCACGAGUCUCCCGCUGAAGCCGGGCACGUUCACGCCCAAGCGCCAUCACGGGAUCACCCCGACUGCAAAUACCCUGCCGCUGAUCUCGCCCGAGACGCCGCGCCCGUCCAAGUCCUGCGUGCAGCUCUACCUGAACGGCCACGCCUACACCUACCUGGGCCUCAAGUGCAGCACCAAGAUGUUCUACUGCACAGUGAACUGCCCGCAGCCCUCGUACGUGGCCGGCAUGCACAAGCUGUCGAUGUACAGCGUCUGGCAGGUGUGCGAGGAGAACCAGCCGCAUCCACUGGGCCUCAAGCCGAAGCAGGUGAUGUCGCUCUACGACUCCAGGCAGAAGAUGUUCGGCGCGGGCUUCACUGUGGUCCAGGCGGGCGGCAAUGCGCACAGCUACGCGCUCGUCGGCUCCCAGCAGACGAUCAGCAGCUGCUCCACCGUGAACAACGCCCAGAGCAAGUUCUACCAGCACCAGGCGAAGCAGGCGCCAGCCAUCGGGGCGCUCAGCGAGGCGAAUGUGGCGGCCAAGGCGAGCGAGGAGGCAGCCAAGAAGCUGGAGCCCGGCCAGCUGCUAGUGGGCGGCUAUGAGUCGAACGAGGACUACACCUACAUACGCGGACGUGGGCGUGGCCGCUACGUCUGCUCCGAGUGCGGCAUUCGCUGCAAGAAGCCCUCCAUGCUGAAGAAGCACAUUCGCACGCACACGGACGUGCGUCCGUUCACCUGCAGCCACUGCAGCUUCAGCUUCAAGACCAAGGGCAAUCUGACCAAGCACAUGCAAUCGAAAACGCAUUUCAAGAAGUGCAUUGAACUGGGCAUCAAUCCAGGCCCAAUGCCAGCGGAUGGUGAAUUCCUCGACGUGGACGUCGAGUUCGAUCAGCAAUCCUCGACCUCGGCUGGCGGACGCACUUCCUCCAUGGCCGGCGACUCUGCAGAUUCGGAUGAUUAUAGCGACAACGAAUCGGAGAGCAGUGACACAGAUGAAUCCAAGUCCCGCCUGAAGGAGCAUGAGGCUGCGCGUGGCCUGCUCUCGCUCUCGAUGACGCCGCCCAUACCGCAGAGUGUCUCGCCCUAUCCCGCGCAGCUGGAGACCAGCAUGUCCGCAGCGAGUCCAGCGAACAGCAUUGGCUCGGCGGGCGGUGCUUCCACACAGCCCAAGCGGCAGGUGUGCUCCUUUACGUCGCCCAAGCCGCCGUUCGACUACCAGAAGCAGGAGCAAUACUACUCCAAUCCCGAGGAGUCGAAGCCCAAGCGCCAAGUGCCCACGGAUGAGAGCAGUGCGCCAAUGGACUUGACUAAGCCGAGGCCAAUCACCUCAGCAGUGGCAGGAGCAGCAGCAGCAACGGCAGCAACAUCAUCAGCAGCAGCUGCAGCGGCAACAGUUGCUGCCAUGGAGCUGCCCAAGUCGCAGGCACAGCAGAUGCGCGACGUCAUCUUCGGCGCGGGCAACAACGAGUGCGGCUUCAUGAAGACCCUGAUCUCGGUGUCGGACAAGGUGCGCAUCUCGGCCGAGAUGGAGGAGCAGGCGAAGCGCGAGAGCGAGGGCGAGGAUGUGCUGCUGCACACGUACAUCAAGGAGCAGGCGCUGCACAACGCCAAGCGAAAGCAGAGUUUGUACAACAGCAGCAGCUACCUGAUGACCACCACCACCAGCAGCAGCAGCAGCAACAACAGCACGAUUACCAGCAGCAGCAGCAUGCCCAUUGUGAGCAGCAUCCAGCAGAAGGUUGGCUUGAUAUAUCACGAGCUGCCCAGCAUCGAGGUGCAUGAGCCAGAGGCAACGGAGCAGGGAGAGCUUGAGAAGGAGCAGGAGCAAAUGGAGCAGCAGCAGCAGCAGCAAGUGAAAACAAUUGCUGUGAGCAGCCAGGACAAGCAAUCCGAAGAGCGACAGCAGCAGGCAACAGCAACUGUCCCAGCUCCAGCUCCUGUUCCUGCGCCUGCUCCUGCUGCAGCCACGCACAAUGCCAACUUGCCAGCUGCAGUGCAGCAGCCAGACGCCAUCGACUUCAAGGGCGUGCUGAGCAACAGCAACAACACGAAGCCGAUUGUGACAACAGCGACAGCAACUGUUGCCGCCGCCUCAGCAACAGCAACAGCUAUAGUCAAGGUGUUGGCCACUGAGGAGGGCUACAACAAGUCGAGCAGCGAGCCGGCAGCAGCAACAGUUGCUGCCACAGCAACAACUGCAGCCACUCCGACAACAACAACAGCCAGCGGCAGCGGCAGCGGCAGCUACGCCGGGCGAGUGGUGCCAGCGCCGCCGCCGCCGAUUGCCAGCGAUGCACGCCCCACGUGCCUGCUCUGCAGCAAGACGUUCCAGCGGCAGCAUCAGCUGACGCUGCACAUGAACAUCCACUACAUGGAGCGCAAGUUCAAGUGCGAGCCGUGCAGCAUCUCGUUCCGCACCCAGGGCCAUCUGCAGAAGCACGAGCGCUCCGAGGCGCACCGCAACAAGGUGAUGAUGACGUCCACCUUCGGCGUGCCGACCACAUCGAAUCCGCGCCCAUUCGAGUGCACGGACUGCAAGAUUGCCUUUCGCAUACACGGCCACCUGGCCAAGCACCUGCGCUCGAAGACGCACGUCCAGAAGCUGGAGUGCCUGCAGAAGCUGCCCUUCGGCACGUACGCGGAGAUCGAGCGGGCGGGCAUCAGCCUGACGGAGAUCGAUACGAGCGACUGCGAGAACUCUCUGAUCUCGCUCAAGCUGCUGGCCCAGAAGCUGCUCGAGAAGGACCCGAACAAGCUGAGUGGCUACACGACGCCGUCGGGCAUGCUGCAGCUAGUGGGUGGCGGCGGCAGCGACGUGCCAGCUGCCAGCCAGGACAGCGCCUCGGAGGACGGCUUCAGCGCGGCGAACAGCGCCGCGGCCUCGGCCAUCGCCUCGCUGGACAACGACAGCGCCGGCAACACGCCGAAGCGCGCCAGCUCCAUGUCCGAGGACGAGACGAAUGGCCUGACCAACGGGCUGAGCCUGAAGCGGCGCCUGCCCGCCAGCAGCUUCAGCAGCAGCAACGGCGACGAGAGCGACAAUCCGCUGGAGACGAGCGAGAAGCGCGCGAGAAGCAACACGAAUGAGUUGACUCUGCCCAUUGUCGGCAGCAACUGACAAUAUAUGUAUAUGCUGCAGCAUACCUGAGUGUGGCCCUACGCCUGGCCGGCGCCACCGGGCCCCAAGCCCCAUCUAAUGCCCAACGCCACUCUCACGCCCACUCCCGCCCCCAUUCCCAAUGCCAAUCCCAAUCCGAUACCAAUUCAAGUCCAAUCAGCGAGCCACAGUGGCUGCGGCAAUGACCAAAACAUCAACGAGCGCAUAUCAAAUGUCUAAGCAUAUCGCAUUUGGGCACACAA